GGUCUGCAAAUGACAAGGCAUCUUUAUAUAUUUCAGCGUCAUUACUGAUAGGCUUAUCAAUUGUUACUAUUUUCUUGAACCAUCAUGGCAUGUUUGGAUUAUCGGCGAUAGGAAUGAGGGCACGGAUUGCCAUUUCUUCGCUAAUUUAUCGAAAGAUAACAAGAUUGAACAAGAGGUCUCAAGGUCAAACAGCAGGUGGACAAGUAAUCAACUUAUUAUCCAAUGACGUCCAACGAAUUGAUCUAGUCUCUGUGUUUCUACAUUUUCUCUGGAUAAUGCCUAUCCAGGUUGCAAUAGUGGCUUAUUUGAUGUAUAGUAUCAUAGGAAUAUAUUGUUUUGUUGGUAUAGGCACAAUGAUCAUUAUCACGAUUCCGUUACAAACAUAUUUUGGAAAACUUACAUCUGAUCUACGAUUUAAAGUUGCCAGUCGUUGUGAUACUAGAGUGAAACAUAUGAGCGAAAUUGUAUCAGGAAUUCAAGUUAUAAAAAUGUAUGCCUGGGAAAAGCCGUUUGAAACUCUUAUUAAAUACCUUAGAGAAAAAGAAAUUUCCUCUCUAACCAAAUCAUCUUAUUUGAGGGGAUUUUAUGCAAGUUGCAAUGUCUUCAUUGAAAGAUUAACCUUGUUUGUGACCAUUAUAGCAUAUGUUUUAGCUAGUAACAGAAUCUCUGCCGAUAUUGUAUUUUCAAUGGCUCAAUUUUUUAAUAUUUUACAGUUGGCUCUGGCUAUUCUUUAUCCCAUGGCAAUUAGUAUGGGUGCAGAAGCUUGGGUAGCAAUAAAAAGAUUAGAAGAAAUACUCAUCUUGGAUGAAAAAGAAGAAUCCUUAGUGGAGAAAGUGGUAGAUAAAGGUAUAACUUUAUCUGGUAUUAGUGCCGAAUGGGUCCCGGGCACUCCCAUAUUGAAGGCCGUUGAUUUAGUUGUACCAGAAGGAAAACUGUGCGCGGUUAUUGGUCCUGUUGGUGCGGGAAAGAGUUCUUUAUUACAAUUACUUUUAGGAGAAGUACCUCCUACCGAAGGAAGUCUUCAAAUUGGUGGAUCAAUUUCAUACUCGUCUCAAGAACCAUGGCUAUUCGUUGCAUCCGUAAGAAAAAAUAUUAUGUUUGGGAAACCGUAUGACUCUACAUUGUACAAUAAGGUUGCACAUGUCUGCGCGUUGGAACAAGACUUUAAACAAUUUCCUUAUGGUGACAAGACAAUGGUAGGGGAAAGAGGUGUAUCACUGAGUGGUGGGCAACGUGCGAGGAUUAAUCUAGCUCGCGCUAUUUAUCGUCAAGCUGACAUAUACUUGAUGGACGAUCCACUUUCUGCUGUUGACACUCACGUCGGCAAACAUUUAUUUGAAAAAUGUAUUGUGGAGCAUCUUAGAGGAAAGACGAGAAUAUUAGUAACACACCAACUGCAAUAUCUGAAGAAAGCUGACAUCAUUUUAGUUUUAAAUGAGGGUGGAGUAGAAGCAAGAGGAACUUACGAAGAACUAGUCAACAGCAAUUUAGAUUUUACAAAAUUACUAGCAGCAGCUGACGAAACUCAAGAUGACAAAGAGAAAAUCAAAGAAGCUCAUGCUGAAGAUAUCAAAAAUCGCAAAAUGUCUAUUUUUAGUGUUGCUGAAUCCACUUUUGAUCAAACAGUAAGAGGAGAUGAUGCUGAGGAGUCUGGUGGUUACGAAGGCAGUACACCGUUCAAAGAUUAUUUCAAAUCCGUAGGCAGUUUUUGUCUAUUAAUAUUUGUGUUCAUUUUGUUCUUAUUAUCCAUGCUGGCGUGCACUGGUACAGAUUAUUGGGUUGCUUUUUGGACUAGUCAAGAGGAUAUACGCUAUACAAGUAUAAAUAAUACAGUCCUUAAUCAGUCAGACGUUAUCUUUGCUACAGAGAUUAAUCAGUCUAAUAUAAAGAUAUUUGAUAGAGAUGUUAUAUUUGACGAUGUUGUUAUUGACGGCACACACUAUCAACUUCUGAAAACAGAUGUGUCCAUUUACAUAUAUUCUGCUUUAAUAGUCAGUGCUAUAUUACUGACCACAUCCAGAGCAAUGGUAUUUUAUAAAAUGUCCAUGAAAGCGUCUACGAAUAUUCACAGAAAGAUGUUUCACUGCUUGUUAGAAGCUCCAAUGCGAUUUUUUGACGUAAAUCCUAGCGGUAGAGUUCUUAAUAGAUUUUCUAAGGAUAUGGGCGCCAUAGAUGAAAUAUUGCCCAGGGUGUUAAUGGACGCCUUAACAAUUAUACUAGUGAUGGUUGGAAUUCUUAUUAAUGUGUCAAUAUCAAAUUAUUUUAUGAUAAUUGCUAUUGUUGUGUUGGGAGCAAUAUUUCUGAAGUUGAGAAAUUGGUAUAUAGCAAGCGCCAAGGAUAUUAAACAUUUGGAAGGAAUAGCGAAAUCUCCGAUGUUUUCUCACAUUAACUCUACACUAAAUGGCCUAAGUACUAUUCGAGCCGCCCAAGCAGAAAAAUCUUUGAUAAAAGAAUUUGAUGAACAUCAGAAUGUACACACAUCCGCAUGGUUCUUAACAAUAAUGUGUAUAGUUGCCUUUGGCCUGUGGUUGGAUAUUAUUUGUGUGUUAUUCACUGCUAUAAUCACAUUUGGAUUUGUAAUAGCUACAGAGUAUGGCUACAUAGAAAAUGGAAGUUUAGUAGGUCUGGCCAUAUCUCAAUCUUUAAUUCUAACAGGAAUGUUACAAUACGGCAUGAGACAAACUGCGGAAGUUAUUAAUCAGUUGACCAGCGUAGAACGAGUAUUACAAUAUACGCAGCUCGAGAAUGAAGGUCCCUUUGAAACUCCAUCAGAUCGAAAACCUAAAGGCACUUGGCCAAAAGCUGGAAAAAUUGAAUUUAGACAAAUGAGCUUGAUAUAUGUCCAAGGAGAGCCGCCUGUUUUGAAGGAGUUAGAUUUUGAAAUUCUUCCUGGGGAAAAGAUCGGUAUAGUUGGAAGAACUGGAGCUGGAAAAUCGUCACUAAUUUCUGCAUUAUUUAGACUAGCCCCCAUCGAGGGUCAAAUUAUAAUUGACGGCAUCGACACAAAGACUUUAGGCUUGAAUGAUCUAAGGAAGAAAAUUUCUAUUAUUCCUCAAGAGCCAGUAUUGUUCAGUGCUACUUUAAGAUACAACUUGGAUCCAUUUAAUGAAUUUGACGAUAAAUUGUUAUGGAACGUACUAGAAGAGGUUGAAUUAAAGGAUCUAGUUAAUAAUCUCGACUUCCAAGUGUCAGAGGGAGGUGGUAAUUUUAGUUUGGGUCAAAGACAACUACUUUGUUUAGCUAGAGCCCUCCUAAGAAACAACAAAAUUCUGGUCUUGGACGAAGCAACGGCAAACGUAGAUGCUAGAACUGAUGCGUUGAUACAGACAACGAUAAGAAAGAAAUUCAAAGAGUGCACUGUGCUUACAAUUGCUCACCGUCUAAACACCAUUAUGGACUCCGACAAAGUAUUAGUAAUGGGCGCUGGCAAAAUGUUGGAAUUUGAUCAUCCAUUCAGUCUGUUGCAAAUGCCGGAGGGGCAUUUUACGAAAAUGGUGUUGGAAACUGGAACUGCUAUGAGUGAACAGUUGAAAGACAUCGCUUGGCAUGCUUGGUUAGAGAAGAAAAGCAAGGAAGGGGAGGAUUGGAAUAAUGGAGCUUGACCAAUUUUGUGCAUAAAUGUAAUAUUUAAUUUAUAAAAAUAUAGCUAUAAACAA